ACCACAUUUGCAGGAGCUGGGAGGUUGGUUACAAGGCGUUCGAGUCCCCGCGGGUAGGGUGGCGGGAUGGGUUCUCACCUCCCGGCUCAGGCUCGGACCGGGCAGCCCGGCGCGUGCCGCGGCGGAGGAAAGCCCCCAGCGCAGGCCCCGGAUAUUUGUUUCUGCGCCGCCGCCAUCGUCCCAGAUGUUGGGUCGGGACACACACUUGCGCUCGCGGUCGACGGGUCAUAGGGGUCGCAGAGGCCGAAGGCGGCGGAGCCAGAUCGGGAGUCGAAGCAGACAUCGGAGCAGGAGCCAUGGGUGGCGAAACCGGCGGCGCCGGGACGACGAAGGGCGACGAAGCCGGGAGCACAGGUCGGAUUCAGAGGAAGACCAGGGGCAGCGGCAAGGAAGACAGAGCCGGAGCCCACAACCACCUCAGUGGCGCUCACAGGACCAGUCCUCUCAGUCUGAUUCACGCAAUGAGCGGCAGUGGCAUCACCAGGGCCGCUGGGCCCGCCGCCGGAGGACCCGCUCUUGCUCCUCCUCAUCCAGCUCUGCAUCCCCAGAUCCCUCCCAGAGCUCGAGGCAGGUGGCUGCGGCCCUGAGCCAGCAACAGAACUUGCAGGGGCGGAAGCAACAGGAGGAGCUGAUGAAGGCCUUCCAGAUGCCUGAGGAGAAGCGGGCCCGGUGCCUGGCCAAGAAGGAGGCCAAGGAGAGGAAAACGGAGAAGAUGGGCUGGGGCGAGGAAUACAUGGGCUAUACCAACACCGACAACCCCUUCCGCGACAGCAACCUCCUGGGCACCUUCAUAUUGUACAAGGCGCUGGAGAAGGAGGGGAGCAGCCACCUGGAGGAGCGGAACAAGACGAUCCAGGAGGACAAUCAGCUGGAGCUGCAGAAGGUGAAGCAGCUCCGGCUAGAGCGGGAACGGGAAAAGGCCAUGUGUGAGCAGGAGCUGGAGAUGCUGCAGCGGGAGAAGGAGGCGGAGCACUUCAAGACGUGGGAGGAACAGGAGGACAACUUCCACCUCCAGCAGGCCAAGCUUCGCUCCAAGAUUCGAACGGAUGGACGGGCCAAGCCCAUCGACCUGCUGGCCAAGUACAUCAGCGCCGAGGACGAUGUCCUGGCUGUGGAGAUGCAUGAGCCUUACACUUUCCUCAAUGGCCUCACGGUGGCUGACAUGGAGGACCUGCUGGAGGAUAUCCAGGUGUACAUGAAACUGGAGCAGGGCAAGAAUGUGGACUUCUGGCGGGACAUGACCAUCAUCACGGAGGAUGAGAUCUCUAAGCUCUGCAAGCUGCAGGCCUCUGGCAAGGGCCCAGGCGAGCGACGAGAGGGCGUUAACACCUCGGUCAGCUCCGAUGUGCAGUUGGUCUUCAAAGGGAAGACGUACAGCCAGCUGCAGGUCAUCUUCCAGGGUAUUGAGGGCAAGAUCCGGGCCGGGGGCCCCAACCUGGACAUGGGAUACUGGGAGAGCCUCCUGCAACAGCUGCGUGCCCACAUGACGUGUGCCAGGCUUCACGAGCGGCACCAGGACGUGCUCCGGCAGAAGCUCUACAAGCUGAAACAGGAGCAGGGUGUGGAGAGUGAGCUGCUAUUCCCCAUCCUCAAGCAGGAGCCCCCGUCUCCUGGCCACAGCCUGGAGCCUGAGGACCAGGCCCUGACCCCCGCAGGGCCCUCCUUGGAGGGUGGCCCCAUGGAGCCUGAGGCAGAGGAGGCCACACCGGCAGAGGGUGAAGCCGAGGGGGAGGCCGUGCUCAUGGAGGAGGACCUGAUCCAGCAGAGCCUGGACGACUAUGACGCCGGCAAGUACAGCCCCCGGCUGCUCACGGCCCAUGAACUGCCACUGGACGCCCACGUGCUGGAGCCCGAAGAGGACCUGCAGCGCUUGCAGCUGUCCCGGCAGCAGCUCCAGGUCACGGGCGAUGCAAGUGAGAGUGCGGAGGACAUCUUCCGGCGGGCCAAAGAGGGUAUGGGCCAGGACGAAGCACAGUUCAGCGUGGAGAUGCCCCUGACGGGCAAAGCCUACCUGUGGGCUGACAAGUACCAGCCUCGCAAGCCACGCUUCUUCAACCGUGUGCACACGGGCUUCAAGUGGAACAAGUACAACCAGACACAUUACGACUUUGACAACCCACCACCCAAGAUCGUGCAGGGCUACAAGUUCAACAUCUUCUACCCCGACCUCAUCGAUAAGCGCUCCACCCCCGAGUACUUCCUGGAGGCCUACCCCGACAACAAGGACUUCGCCACCCUGCGCUUCCACGCCGGGCCGCCCUACGAGGACAUUGCCUUCAAGAUCGUCAACCACGAGUGGGAAUACUCACAUCACCAUGGCUUUCGUUGCCAGUAUCUAAACUGGAGCCCUCACCACCAACUGUCAAAGUCUCUACUUGGGAAAGUUGUGAGAAAAGAAUUGGCUAAACCCUACUUACCCCAAGUCUUUAGUAAACCAGGAAUCUGCCACCAUCCAAUUCGAGCAAAGCAAGACUCACAGAGCUUUGCGUCAAAGGUCAUCAAGUCAGAGCCCUAG